GUUGUAUCGCAUCGCAUUUAACUCCGAGUGUUUCGUUUGUAUGGUCUCAAACUCAAAUGGCUGCUUCUGCUUCUUCUUCUCUCCAGAUAGGAAUCUCCCCUUCCAUUUCCUCCCACCAUUUCUCCUCCCCCAUGCCCAAUGCUCUUCUUCCUCAUCGCCUCUUCCUCCUCCCCCGCCGCUCUCCUUCUUCUCCCCGCCGCUCCACCGGAUUCCCCCCCUCUCGCUCGCCUCUUCUUCUUCGCCCUCGCGCCUCCUCCGACGACCUUCCUUCCUCCCCAGGAGUUGAGAAUCUGGUAAUCAUAGGUUCUGGUCCUGCUGGAUAUACUGCAGCCAUAUAUGCAGCCCGUGCAAAUUUAAAACCUGUAGUGUUUGAGGGUUUCCAAGCAGGUGGUGUUCCUGGAGGGCAGCUAAUGACUACUACAGAAGUCGAGAAUUUUCCUGGGUUUCCGGAUGGAAUUACUGGUCCAGAUCUGAUGGACAGGAUGCGGAAACAAGCAGAACGAUGGGGAGCCGAAUUAUUUCAGGAAGAUGUGGAGUCUAUUGAUUUAAAGAAUAGACCGUUUACUGUGCAAAGUAGUGAACGCAAGGUUAAGUGCCAUAGUGUAAUAUAUGCAACAGGAGCAACAGCCAAACGACUUAGGUUACCUCGUGAAGAUGAAUUUUGGAGUAGAGGAAUUAGUGCUUGUGCGAUUUGUGAUGGAGCAUCACCCUUGUUUAAAGGGCAAGUACUUGCCGUUGUUGGAGGAGGUGAUACGGCAACUGAGGAAGCCUUGUACCUGACUAAGUAUGCUCGUCAUGUUCAUUUACUUGUACGGAAGGAUCAACUUAGGGCUUCUAAAGCUAUGCAAGAUAGAGUGUUCAACUGUCCAAAUGUUACCUUGCACUUUAACACGGAGGCUAUGGACAUUGUUAGCAAUACAAAAGGGCAAAUGUCUGGCAUUUUAGUUCGAAAAGCUGAUACUGGGGAAGAAUCUGUGCUGGAGGCAAAGGGUUUAUUUUAUGGAAUAGGUCAUUUGCCGAACAGCCAGUUAUUGAAAGGCCAGGUUGAGCUUGAUAGCUCUGGGUAUGUGUUAGUGCAAGAUGGUACUGCAAAAACUUCUGUGGAAGGUGUAUUUGCAGCUGGAGAUGUGCAGGAUCAUGAGUGGAGGCAAGCUAUAACUGCUGCUGGUUCAGGAUGCGUUGCUGCUUUAUCAGUUGAGCGUUAUCUUGUGAGCGAGAAUCUUCUUAUUGAGUUCCACCAGCCCCUAACUGAAGAGGUUCAGAAGAAGGAACCAACGGACAGAGACGUUCAAGAAGGUUUUGACAUCACUCUUACAAAGCAUAAAGGCCAGUAUGCUCUUCGGAAACUAUACCAUGAAAGUCCCAGGCUUAUAUGUGUACUAUACACAUCACCAACGUGUGGCCCAUGUAGGACUCUGAAGCCAAUUCUCAGCAAGGUGAUAGAUGAAUUUGAUCAAAAUGUGCAUUUUGUUGAAAUUGAUAUUGAGGAAGACCAAGAAAUAGCAGAAGCAGCUGGGAUUAUGGGUACUCCAUGCGUGCAGUUCUUCAAAAAUAAGGAGAUGAUCAGGAAUAUUCCUGGAGUCAAAAUGAAGAGCGAGUACAGAGAAUUUAUUGUGUCAAACAAAUGAGGUUAUUAAGUUAAUUGCCCUUCUUCUACCUUCAAUUUUGUUUCAUUUGUAUUAGUUAAUAAGCCAAGUGGAAAAAAAUUGCUUUUAUAAUAUUUCAUGUCCUGUAACAUUCAAAUUUUACAUUGUAGAUUUUAGAUACAGAGUUGAAAAAAGGGCAUCCAAAAAAAAAAAAAAAAACUCUUCAUGUGCAGAAACAGGCAUUCAUUGCCUCAUUGGAGGGUAUGACUUUGACUGAUAUGGUUCAUCCUCAAAUUCCUUUUGAUUGUAGUUUUUGGAUGACUAAGGUUCGAUUCCUUCAAUUAUACAUGAGAAAUUCAUUCUUCUA